AUAAAACGAAAAGCAUAUUUGUGAUAGGAGGUCAUAUAUUUCUUGCACAACAUGAUCUAUUGUUGGUUUAGCUUAGCUGCUUCCAUAUUGUUUUUGUUCACAGCGAAUGCAUUAUCAGCCAACUCCAGCCUCAGAAUUCCCUUCCCAUUUGACGUAAAAAGAGCAAAAGAAUUUUAUCUGAGCGACGGGGUUGACUUUAGGCAAAGCAAUAACAAUGCUACUAAUAUUAACUUCUGUUUUGAGAAAGCUUUGAGUUUAGCCGGUUUUGGGUAUUGGUGCAGCAUCCAAGGGGAUGCUUAUGGCAAUGAAUAUGGCUAUGGCUUUGGGUUAUAUGCAUAUGCCUAUAACUAUGAAACAAAGACACUUCAUCCCACUGAUGUAUGCCAAGCUAUCGAGGAACAGGAGUGGAAGGAAGUACCCGAGUACUGUUACUAUGGUGUUUGUCCACUUCCUAGGACCUUCGAUGCUUGUUCAUAUCGGUCUGGAAUUAUACGAUCUAUACAGAAACGAUCAGGAAAUCAUGGUUCGAUGUUUUCUUUGGCUUCCCCUAUGUAUUUGCCAGUCCCUUUCAUUUUAGGUUGUUACUUCUUUCUUUCUCUGCUUUUGUACGUGCUCUUGGGUAUUUAUUCUAGUGUGAAGAAAAACAUCUUCAUUCAUCUUAAAUUCAAGUUGUUCAAAAAAAAUGGAGGGUUAUUGUUAGAGCAGCAUAUUGCUAAUUCUCAUGGACCUGGAGCAGGAUGCACAAAAAUUUUCACAGCCGAGGAGCUUGUGAUGGAGAUCAUUUUUGCACAAGAAAAGGUACUAGUGGAGGAGGGCCAAAUCGAGUGUUUUAUAAAUGAGAUUAUCACUCUUGCCCAUAUCAACCAUCAAAAUGUGAUCAAGUUCUUGGGCUGCUGCUUAGAGACUGAAGCUCCCAUUUUGGUUUAUGAAUUCACCUCUAACGGGACCCUUUUCGAUUACAUUCAUGAUUGGAAAAAUGGGAAAGUUUCAAUGCCACAUUGGGAUAUCCUUAUGGAGAUAGCAUCAGAAUCUGCAGCAGGUCUUGCUUAUUUGCAUUCUUCAUCAAUCAUUCAUGGAAAUGUCAAAUCUUCCAACAUUUUACUAACUGAUUGCUUGGCCAAAGUUGCUGGUUUUGGACCUCCAAGUUUAGUCCCUAGCAAUGAGUCCCAGAUAAGUACAUUGGUGCAGAGGACACUCGGUUAUCUGGACCCAGAGUAUUUCGUUACAGGCCAAUUGACAGAUAAGAGUGAUGUCUACAGCUUUGGAGUCGUUUUGGUAGAAAUUUUAACUGGAGAGAAGCCCAUAUCCUUUAAUAGACCAGAAAAUCAACGGAUCAUAACUUGUCUUUUCCUUUUGUCCAUGGAUCAACAAAAUAGCCUGUUUCAGAUUCUUGCUCCACAAGUUAAGGAAGAAAACAAAGAACAAGUCAGAGCAGUCGCAGAACUCGCAAAGCAAUGCCUCAAGUUGAGUAGUGCAGAAAGACCAACAAUGGAAGAAGUGGCCGGAGAGUUAAAGAGGCUGUCACUCCUGUCAGACACGUAUCUUACGGUUCAUGUUAGUUAAUUUUCAACCAUCAUGACACUGAAAAUCUUCUCUUCUCCUAGCUGCUAGGGAUUUGUAUAUCAGGAAACAGGGCAAAUAUGUCAUUGUCCUCUCAUAUAUAUAUGUUUGCUUCUAAUAUGUACUUCAUGUUUCAGAGAAACUGAAGAGUGAAUUGGUGAGUCUUCUUCUCAUA